AUGUCAUCAAAAUUACUCUUCGGAAUAGUAUUUACUAGUGUCACAUUUCUGACAUUGGUCUCAGUAUUUGCCAUAGUCAUUGUACUUAAUGAUAUCCGUGUAUUGUACAAUGAUAUUUUAGUAGGAAUGGAUGAUUUUAAGCCUGGUCCACCUGGAUCAGCAGGUAUAAGUGAAACGUACUGCCCAUGCCCAGCUCGUCAAAAUCGCUUUCGUGGAGCAUUUUUUGCACCAGAAACACCUGUACAGCACCAGGUGCAACCUUCAUUGCUGUACUCACCAUCUAUGGGAUAUAAUGACAAACGAUACGAAUACAUGCAAAAGCAUUAUGGACAUGCAUGA